ACUACAAAGCAUUCAGACCGAUAGUCCAAAUCCAACGCUUUCCCGUUAUACAGAAUUCUGCACAGUUAACUGAAUUAAAAUGAGACCAUGUUGAUUCAUGCAAAAAAAUGAGAAAACAUCGUCGAGGUUGUCAGUCCUUUUUGCAUAGACAUCAUUCCUGGGCUUACCAGGAAAUUGUCGCAGAAGCGUUUGUCGUGCUUUGGGUGGCUUGUCAACUGUCGUGGAUAUUUGCUGCUCGCAUUCUUCCUAACUUGAGACCAACGAGGGCCGAUCCGCGCAGGAAAACGUAUCUCGACUUCCUUCUGAAUUCGCUGGGAUAUGUGCAGAAGUGAUGUGAAACCUUGUGAGCAAUUGAUCUUGACGGAUGUUUCUGGGACCGCGUAGUCUCUUACUGGCAGGAAUCCGAAAAAAUUCCACAGAAUCACAGCGUACUCUUUGGUUACAUUGGUGCAUACCUGACUCUUUGCGCAACGGCGACCCUCUUCCUGUGGUUCCUUAGCUAUCUUCUAGAUAGUCGCUCAUGGCGUCUGCCUUCCUACAAAGCAUAUCACGUACCUUUCUGCUCCGCAGUCAGCCGGUUCUUCGGCUACGCCUACAGCGAUUCACCGUGCUUUGUAUCGGAGACGGUAGGUCGCAGCAGCGCAGAAGCAGCCGUAGAUACUAUGGAGGCCGUCACCUCCGGUGAGACGGAUUCCGAUUCUCAAACAAAUCAGCAACCGACAUUUCGCACGAUCAAAGAUGUCCCGGCUUGCUUCCGUGGAUCGAUUCGCUUUGGAUACUUUUUAUUUGCAGUGGUACCGUUUAUACUUAUAUCCAUAUUUCUUUGGGUUUCUUUUUAACGACGCCACUGUCAUGGUUGGCCGGGUUUAUGACAAGGAUAGCCGUAAUGCUUUAUGGCGACGAAGCAGUUUUCCCAUGCUGUGUCACCUUUAUCACGAUCCUCUCCAUAUACUGCUGCGGUAGAAUGUCGGGUCUGUGGAUGCGAGAAAGCUAUCUGUGGUCGCUGUGGAACAAGAUCAGGACAUUACGCGGAAGGCCAAGUCCACCAACAUGCGAUGCAGAACCACUCGGGUGCGAAGAAGAUGAGUAACGUGUUUAUGUUAUGCGAGCUUGGGAAGUGUGGUUUGGACUGUUUUCGUACGGUGCGAGCGUUCUCGGCAACGUGGAUCCUCUGUACGAACCGUUUCCAAGAACUGCUUCUUCGAAGAAAACUACCAGAUAUCAACGGAAUUCUGGUAAUAUCUGGCAGCCUUUUUCUUUGGCUAUAAACUGAAGUUUCAAUUCCUCAGCGGACAUCCUGGCAAACAACUCAAUGGAAUCGAGCAAAAACUUUCUGAAGCCUGCCGUGGCUCUGGUUUCCUACUGGACGGAUGUGAGCCAAAUGUUGGGAAACACGACCAACGUAUCCACUUUCGCAGACCUGUCGGUUAUCUCACAAACAGCCGGAAGUGCUUUUGUGGUCUGGAGUGGGACGCUGACCUUCAUAUCGUUUGUACUUGCGUUUAUGGGCGAGAUCGGGUGUUGUAGCGCUGUUAUCGGUUUCUGUCGCAGGGCUCGCGAAAAUCCACAACCGGAAGGGGAGAGUACAGUAUAACCAUCCCUUCACAGAUCGAUGGAAAUCGCUAAACAGAGGCGCUUCAAUAUCCUGGGCCAAACUAUGCAUGCUGCGCAUGCUGGCCUAGUGAAUCCCAGAUCGAUCGUGUACACCGCGUUUCCCUACAGCACUUACAUACCGCAAUGGGAGGGCGUAAUUCAUGACCUGCGCUCUACAGUGUAUUGAAAUAUCGCUCUGCAGUAUAUUGAAAUAAUUACUGAAAUGUCCACGGGUAUAGCACAACAUUGAAACCCGUGCAGUUACGCGGUGCGAUGCUAUCCCAUUAUGCAGAACUGUAUGACAGUGAAAUAAGUUAAAACAAGUUUAAGUCGAUUCACGCACGAAAAUGAGAAACUAUCGCAGAGAUUGUCGAGCUUAUCUGCAAAGACAUCAAUCCUGGGUCUAUCACGAAGUUGUCGCCGAAGCCUUUGUUGUGCUAUGGGUGGCUUGUCAGUUGUCGGGGAUAUUUGCUGUUCGCAUACUUCGUAACUGGAGACCAACGAGAACCGAUCCGCGCAGUAAAAGCUCUUUCGAUUUCCUUCUGAACCUGCUGGGAUAUGAUGUCGACGGAUGUUUCUGGGAUCGUGUGCUCUCAUUCUGGCAAAGAUCUGACGAAAUUCCGCUGAAUCACAGGCUUCACAGCGUGCGCUUUGGUUACGUUGGUGUGUACCUGUCCCUUUGCGCAACGGCAAUCCUCUUCCUGUGGUUCAGCUGCUACCUUCUUGCUAAUCGCUCCUGGCGUUUGCCUCUCUACAAAUCAUACCAUGUACCGUUCUGCUCAGCUUUCAGCCGGUUCUUCCGGUACGCCCACAGCGAUUCACCGUACGUUAUAGCGGAGACGGUUGGUUGUGGCAGUGCAGAAGCUGCCGUUGAUACCGUGGAGGUUGUCACCUCCAGUGAGACCGAUUCGAACACUCAAAUUGACCAGCGGCCACCGUUUUACACCAUCAGAGAUGUUCCCGCUUGUUUACGUGGAUGGGUGAGCUUGGGAUAUCUCCUAUUUGCUGUGGUGCCGUUUAUGUUUCUAUCCGUAUUUGUUUGGGUGACUAUUCUCACGAUCCCACUGGUAUGGACAGCCGGAUUUCUGGCACGAAUAGUUGUCAUGCAGAACGGGGACGAGACAGUUUUCCCAUGCUGCGUGGCCCUUAUCGCCGCGCUCUCCGCUUACUGCUGCGGACGCAUGUCAGGGUUGUGGAUGCAGGAAAGCUAUUUGUGGUCACUGUGGAAUAAAUUCAGGACAUUACGCGAUGGCCAACCGGUUCCGCUACAAUUCGAUGCAAACACAGCAAAUCACUGCGUGUGCGAAGAAAACGAAACCCAGGCAUAUAUUUUCCGCACAUGGGAAGUGUGGCUGGGACUGUUUUCGUAUGGUGCGGUCGUCCUGGAUCACGCGGAUUCCCUUUUCGAACUCAGUCAUUGGCACCCAUUCUGUUUGGCCACAAACUGCAUCUCAAAUUCCUCAGUGGAUGUCACGUUUCUGAAGCCUGUUGUGGCGGUGGUUUCAUACUGGACGGACGUGAGCCAGAUACUGGUAAAUACAACCAACGUAACCCUUGCACCGGACCUGUCGGUUAUCUCUCAAACAACGGGAAAGGCUUUUAUGGUCUGGAGUGGUGCGACUACCGCCAUUGCGUUUUUAUUUGCGUUUGGCAGCGAAAUAGGAUGUUGCAUCGCUCUCUAUUGUAGCGCUUGCGAAGCUCCACAACCGGCGCGGGAGAGGUCUGAAUUACCAUUUUGUGCCUGCUUACCGUGGAUGGGGAUGCUACGUAUCAUCAUUCAUUUCACAGCCAGACCGCUGAUGUGGUACCUGCUUCCGUGGACCCUAACGCAGUUCUUGCUCCCGGAACAACUGCAACUCCCCGGCAUUUUGUUGAUAUUGACAAUCAUUCUUGCAUGGGUUGGUUAUGCAUGGAUCCGACAUGUUAAAUUACAAUGGAAAAACGGCGAUAUAGUAUAUUUUAUGCCAUUUUCACGCUGGCUCUAUCGACGGAAAGCGACAGAAGCUCUAGCAAACCUUCACCCAGACGAGGAAAAUGCCUUGUGAUACACAACUAAUUCGCACCAGCAGGCCGUCAUUCAGUAUUCAUCUAACUAAUCCUGCAACAUGGCAUAGAUCUCGGUUUCCAGCAUGAAUAAUAUGAUUAACAGGGAGUUGCCACCGGCGGCCCAGCCUUCAAGAGAACGGGCUUGAGAUAUCAGCACCGCGUUACAAAACGUGCAAAUGCUACCGUCUCCGCGCACUCCAGAAAGAGUAAAUGCUAAUCUUCAGUCUUCCGCUAUGUACAAUUUUCCUCCAAUUUCUGGUUUGGUUAGGGAAGCUUUUUCGGCUGCUAUUGACAGCAAUCUUAAUUCGUCGGACAUUCAAUUAAGCGAAGCAGUGAAGUUUUAAAUAAAAAGUAAGACAAUGAUUUUUUAAAGAAGCAUUAAUAACGAAACCACGAAUUAGACAACGAACGAAUUAAGCAACGAAUCUUUUGCAGCUAAGCUUUUGAAAUAGAUUGGAAAUAU